AUUGUGUUUGAUUUUAUUAAGUAACAGAAUAAUAAAAUAUCAGAACUUUACUUGUUAAAACUGAAGCACAAACUUGUUGAAUGAUUUGUGUCAGAUUUUUCAUGAGAACAUUUUAAUCCCAGAAUGACUUUGAAGGUAGCCUCAAGUGGUCGUUUUAGGAGAUGCAGUUUUUGGCGCAUCAGUAUCGGCUUCAUUCUUCAGUCCAGGAAACUACUGCGAUCUGUUUCAUUCAAAAUAUCUGCACUGAAAUUCAUGCCUUUAUCGUGUUUUAUAGACAGAAUCCAAUGUCUCAUUGAAUCUGAAUGAGAAAUUGGAAAGGAAGUGAUCCCUGCUGUGAAAAGUUUCACUCAGCUUUGACUUCUCUUGGUCACAUCUCCUGAUCUGAAUUGAUACAGCAACAAUGUAACAACACUGUGGUAGAACGUGUUCAGUGGAAACACUCAGAGCCUCAGUGCUGCAUAUCCAUCACAGGAGCAGCUAAUGUGGCUGUCAGGCUCCUUUUUAGCAGCCUGCUGAAAAUACUAUUAAUUAAAAUAACAGAGUAUCAUGAACUUUACUCAUCCCAGAUGGGGGAGGGUAACACAGCAGCAGAAUGCCAGCUGCAAAGACAAAUGAAGCUGUAUAUUUACAAUGCUGACAAUUAUUUUUGACCCAUGUGGGCAUAUUAAAAUGGUACUUUUCUAUACCUGAGGAUACAAAGAUUCAUAUUUUUUAUUAAAUAGUUAAAUUAAAUGAUGUAAGCUGUUGGUUUGUUUCGAUUAGCAUACAGACUAAAAUGUGCCUGUACCUUUUUAAAAAAAAAACAAAAAAAAAACAAGAGUAAUUUUUUUUUUUUACUUAAUUCUUACUGUGUGUCAUCGUGGUUAAGAUACAGUGACCCACGAACUUUAAUUUUUAAAAAGCGUCACCUAUUUAUUAUGCUCUUCUUGGCUUCCUGACUUUUUAUUAGCAGGAUAGUGGCAAUUCUAUCACUGCACUGUGGAAAUGACCAACAUUUAAGUGUUGCACUGUUACUGUACAAAAACGUCCAUGACUCCGAUCGUCAGCUUUCUGUUGGGACUCUGAGCUGAGUAAGGACACAUCUGUGGGUAUUCUAAAAGAUUGAGCAGAAGAGGAGGCAAUUAGAGCGGGGUGAGAAAGAUCUCAAAACACACUGAACCCGAAAGAGUGUGUAAAAAGAGAGGACACAGUUCUUCUUGACCUACAGCCGCAGAUCUGUUGUUUAAGAUGACGCACGAGAAGACGUUUCAAGGCAUUCCCAUGUCAAAGUCAAUGAGAGGUUUGUGUAAAGAGGAGGACUAUGCAUUUCUGAGAACAUCGGAAAGGACAGAAGGAGCGGCGGCUUUAGGGAACGACUGGAGGGACAGGAAAGAAGAGAGGGUCCGCAGGCGAUUAGAGCAGGAGCAGCAGGAAAAAAAACGACUCAGAGAAAUAGAGGAGAGCAAGAAGGAGAAAGAGCAGCUGUGGCGCACUCAUGUAGCAGAGCUGACCUCCAGCCAGGAGAAGACUCUGCAAGACAGACUGGCAAGGCUGCGCAGAUUCAGGGAGUUCCAGAAGAAGGUGAUUGAAGAGGAGUCUGGAGAGGAGGGUGCACCAAGCAGCCAGGCAGUCAAUCAACUCCUCACCAGGAUGUAGAUGCAUUAAAGGAUAAUCAAGAAGAAGGCUGACCGCUGCUUUAGUGGCCAGAACAUAGCAUUCUAAUGCAAAUAUAAAUUUAACAGUCACAUACUGAAUGAACUACUUUAAUCUUUUAAAGUUAGUUAUUGUAUCUGACAGUGCUUCUUGGGGAUUAUACCAGAGAUUGCUGUUCUUUUCCUCAAGUGUUUCAAAAAUCCUGAUACACUGUAACAAAGAACUGGUUACAUUGUGAUCUUGCCUAAAUGAAGCAUGCAUUCUCCUUGCUGUUGCAAAUCAGCUGGCUGUUUGUCUGGUGUGACUUUUUUUUUUUGGGGGGGGACUAACAGUCAAAAUGUCUCUAGAAUUCUUCACAGUGCAGUUCCCUCCAGGAUAUCCAAGAAAUAGAUUGUCAGCAUCGAGUUUUGUUUACCUUCAGAAAGUUCAAACCAGCCAUCAGGCAACCAGACAUGAUGGAAAUGUUAAACGUCUUAUUUUAAUACAGUAGACACGACCGAAGGCGGAUUAAGGAAGGGCGAGUUUGGGAGCCUGUGUAAUAUUUGACUGUUCCCAAUACAUUUUCAUCCCACUGUAUCGCUUCUGUUUCUUUUCUUUUCUUUUGUUAAAUUCUUAUAUUAAACCGCAGUUGUCCAAAGGACUACUGAGGCUGCCUCAUGUGUUAUCAGGAGAACAUAGCCUAGUUUGAAUUAAAGGGAGGGAAAAAGCCCAAAAGAACAUUCAGAAAGACAGGCCCCUGAAAACUACUGUGAACCUGAAAGUAAAUUCAUUUUUUCGUAUCCAGAGAGACUUAACAAUGUCAUCUGGUCCACAGGUCAGCUUCUUAAGUGAGGUAUUAUACCCAUACUUAAAUCUUCAGCAUGUUAAAAUGCACACUUUGGUGCAUUUUUCAAAAUGUUUCAGUGUAUGUUGGCUCUGAUAGUGGUCUCUGGAUUUAUGCUUCCAGCAAUACAAUGUAACUAAUAUGGUGUGUGCAUUCAGGACAGUCAAGAAAGCCUGGCUAAAUAGAGGGAUUAAAUGGAAAAGAUAGAAAAUAGUCCUUUAUAUUUUCAAAGUCUACU